AUGGCGACAACAUGUUGGAUAGAGUCAGACAAUAUAAUAGAUUAUCACACAGAUGACAGAAUUGAUCCAGUUUACUGUAACAAGGGGUAUGGGUGGAAAGUUGCGUAUCAAACUACACAAGACCUGUUCACGUUUUAUGGCGACUGUUGUCGAAAUGAAAAGGAUUAUUAUAUUGUUUCUCACAACAACAAUUUCAUUGAUAAAUUGGUUGAGUGGAAAACAAGCACCACGAUGAUGAGGAAAUUGAUAAUCAACGUGUUGUACCCAUCCGUGAAAUGGACGUUCAAUUAUGCUUUUGUCCCCUCUUCGUUUCUGUUAGAAAUCAAUUCAACGAGAGAGAGUGUUGGGAGUACUAAAGAAAUAGAGUUCAUUAUAUCGAGUUACAGUGUAUACACGGCGAUCUCAGGGAAUGACUCCAUCGCUUUAACUCACAAGUAUAACACCUAUUUACAACGCCCAUUUGUAUUAAUAGAAAGUUUAAGUGGGAAACAACAAGUCAAAGACAUUUCAGAGUACAAUGAAGGGAGCUCUGAAAUCAUAUAUGUGUUCACUGGAAUAGGAAUAGACUCUGUAAGUAUCAAAUCGGAGAAAUACGAUCUAUUCAAAGCGUGUGAAUAUGACGAAAAAGCACGAUAUGUGGCACGCUCUAGAAAUAGUACAGAGAGUGUCGACUGCUCGUGUAUCUUCUCUGGAAAUGAAAGGGAAGUCUCAACGUCGUCUAAUUUUGUGUUUCCGGACUGUAAAGUAUAUAACAGGAUGUUUGACUUGACGGUCCUCGAAACGCAGAACAUCAUUGUUUUUGACGACCCAAAUUUGUACUCUUGGAAGAGUCUAGUCUUGAACACGAAAUCUUGCGUCGAAGCAAAUGUGACGUUUUCUGGUCAUUUUUUGAUCAUUUUUUUAGAGCAAGUGGUCAUUCAAAAUCGUUCUGUUGUCUUUCAGACAGACGUUUCUUUUGAGUCCCUCUUUUUUUCGAGAAAUGCGUGUAAAAACCAAAUCAACGUGUUUUCAAAUUUGCUAGCAAAUGAAAUUGUAUGUGACAACUGUAGUGAAAGAGUACUCUUCUUGUCAAAGAAUGAAGUAGCGAAUACUACACGAGGAAUUAAAAAGUUAUGUGACACUGGAGUUGGGUUCAGAUAUGGAACAUUGGACUCUUUAAUCACAUGUAGUUGCCGAUUUAACAUCAGUGAAUAUAUAGAAAACGAUUGUGAGUAUAUUAGUGGGUUUGAUAGUAACAAAAUCGACUUGAUUGUAUACACCAACAGUAAUUAUAACACUCAGAAAUGUGUGUAUUUCAACUCAUUGACUGUCCAACCAAAUGUUCUUGUGUCGUCGCAAAUACGAGCUCGCGUCUGCGACUUUUACACAUCAGUUUCCUUUUUAAAGGAAAUUACUUGUGACAUCAUGACAUUUCAUUCUGCAAUAGUCUCAGUGGUCGACCCCCUUUAUUCCACUUCAAUCCAAGCCCGCGGGAUCACUUCGAUAUUUGGAAUUGUUUAUGCGCAAUACGUUGAAGUGUUUGAAGGGAGUAUAUUUACUUUAAAUAGCCAAAAAUUAUUAUUUAAUGAAGUGUAUGGAUAUACAAAAGACGCGAGCAACGACUUGACACUGAACAGUUUAGUCCUUCAAAACGAGUCUUCGUUACAAAUUAUAGGUACAAUGAAUGUCCAUAUUCUCGAAUUGAAGAUACACCGAAACAAUAAAAUAGCGUCCACUUCACAUAUUGUGUUUUACAAUAUCAUUUACGACGAAAGGAACUCACCGUUUUCACUUGAAUGUAACAACGCGGAGUUUAUGAAAGGAGAGGUGUACUUGUCUCGAGUCAUUGUAGAACAAAAGGGAAUAUUAAUACACGAAGACGUCAGUGUGUUUUCAAUGGAAGAGUGUUACACAACACUUCACGACGCUGUACUAUUAAACAUCGAAAGAGGGUCUUCAUCUUUAACGAUCAAACAAUUGCCACGUCUGAUCGACACCGACGUACUGUUUUUGGCCAAGACAAAUGUCAGAAAGAUCAAUGUCGAAGCUUUUGAUGCGCAAUUUGUGUGCGACAGACAACUUAUUGUCAUUGGAAACGUCACAGAGACUUUGGAAACGUGCACCAAAUUUGGAGUCUCUGAAAAGACGUGCGUCUACAUUGGGAAUUCCGUUUAUUACGACUUAAACAACGAAACCGACUAUUCAUGUCCCGGUGGGGUUUCUACAAGUGUAGUAAGAGAAUUGGUGAUACGCUCGGACACGUACACAAUGUCACUUGAUGAGGAUUACACCAAAAUUUCCGUUCCCGUCGACUGUAAUAUCAAUAUCACAGACAAAGAAAUAAUACUGUCCAUUGGCGAGAACCUUCAACGACUUGUAUUGUUGGGGAACAAUACAAUCCUCCAAUUGACACAAGAAAGGUUUCAUGAGUACACUGUCGUCAAUGACAUGACCGAGUCGUAUAUACUUGUUGGGGAAGACCAAGGCUUUGGCGAUGGAUUUGAAAGCACAUUUGAAACGAGUAAAUACUACUACAGUGCACUAAAAAACGAGUUUAAUGUCACACGGACUGGGAAAUACCAAGGAGUAGUUUCAAUGGGUGAUUCUGUUUACGCUAUUGGAUGUCGCUUUUAUAUCAACGGAACGUGUUUAGAAGUCGAAGAACAAACGAAGUGUGUGAAUUAUAAUAUUGACGGAAGUUGUCAAUCAUGCGAUGUCGGGUUUUUCAAGACUGCAAAUGGGUGUGUCCAAUGUGAAGAGUUGUGUGAACGGUGUAUUGAUAACUCGAGUUGUGCGAUAUGUACAUCAAAUCAUAUCGUUGGGGUGGUGAAUGAACAAACUGUUUGUGAGGUUCAAGAUAUGAAUUGUCAAUACAGUUGGAGUAAUCGCUGUCUGAAGUGUGAACCCACCACCUUUUUUAAUGGUGAGUUUUGUGAUAUGUGUAUUGAGCACUGUCUUUUGUGCACCGACAAAUCGUCGUGUUUGAUAUGUGAUGUAAGUUUGGGGUAUUCGAUGAUAGGAGGAGUGUGUGUGUAUCAAAAGCAUAGUCUUUUUGUUGUGAACAACGGAACAGUUGAAUGUGAAAAUGGGUAUUAUCUUCGAGACAAAACGUGUGAACCGUGCGAUGAAGGUUGUCGUGUGUGUUAUUUGUCAUUGGUUGGGCAGAUGAGUGAGUGCGACAUCUGUUUUGAGGGGUAUUCCAUAACAACUGAUAACAAGUGCAAGCGAAGUGAUGGAAGUUUAGACUUAAACAAUUCGCGAUGUGUGAAUACUACGCUCUAUUUUAACGGUAAGUUGUGUGUGACAUGUGAAGAACAUUGUUUUGUAUGUACUGAUGAUGGUAUUUGUGCAUUAUGCCAAGACGGGUAUUAUCUCUAUUAUUCAGACAAAAGCACAAGAGUCACUUGUAAACCAACACCGCAACCGCAUUGUGCAUUUUCUGUUAAAAGUCGAUGUAUAACAUGUGAGAGUGGGUACUACGUUUCGUUUGGGAUAUGUGUAAAGUGUAGUGUUGCCUGUAGUGAAUGUAUUGACUCAUCAAUUCGUUGUUUAAAAUGUGGUCCGGAGUACAGUUUUAACAACGGCGACUGUGUUUCGCUGUCUGUGAUCUUUGAAGAAUGCACUGGGUAUUACGCCCAAGUUGGUCCAAACACGUUAUGUUCGUCGUGUUCGAUAUAUUACUACUUAGAUAAUGGCGUGUGUACACGGUGCACUCCAUCGUGUCGGGUAUGUGAAGGAGUGUCUCAUUGUGUGACGUGCAACGAGUUCAAUUUUGUGAACGAAACAGGGGAGUGUGAGGCUCGAAGUGAUUUAACGAAUUGUUUUAAAACGGACAUAGAAGGGUGUCAAGAGUGUUCUAAAGGGUAUUAUCUCUUAGGCAAACGGUGUCAAUAUUGUGAUGUUUUAGACAAUCAUUGUCAAGUAUGUAACGUGUCUUCUGGUCGAUGUGAGCGAUGUGAGACACAUGGCUAUGUCUUAUCUGACACUCACGAUUGUACUAAAGUGUCACAAUGUAUACAAACGGAUGGUGUGACAUGUUUGAAAUGUUCAACGAUGUUCUCUGUGAGUGCCGAUGGUAAAGACUGUGAGUUACAAGUGACGUGGAUUCUAUUAAUAGUGUUUUCGAUACUCAUCACGUUACUUGGGAUCUUUGCAGUAACAACCAUAUUUGUAUUGAUCAACAAAGAGAAGAAGGGAGGGGAAUACCAAGUUCUUCUUGAAAAGUUUGAUGAGAAAGAAAUACGAAGGAAGUGGCAUCGCCUGUCCUCUGACAAGAAGUUUUAUAUCAACACGAAGAUGAUAGAAGUGAUGAAUGAAAGCGAAUGUAUUCCCGUCGACGAAGAUAGUCAUUUUGAAUUUGUUAUUGCGAAUGGGUACGCUAAACUCGUUAAAAUCGACAUUUUUAGCAUCAAGAAAAAGAUGGAGAAGUACUCGAUCACAUACACCCCAUCGACGUUUCUUCUUGACGGAAAAAAGUCGAUCAAGAUCAAUGUGAAGGUUCACCCCUAUUGUAGCACAACCAUCGAGGAUUCCAUUAACAUUGUCACCUUUGAAAUAUAUAACUCGAAACAAAACGUCUUCAAAGUCCCUUUAUACAUUCAGACACAAAAGACAAGUAAAAUCGACCCGGACGAUAUUGUGGAAGAGUCACUCUUGGGAUGUGGAGCGUUUGGGGUUGUCAUGAAAGGUCGAUAUAAAAACAAUUCCGUUGCGAUUAAGAAGAUCAGAGACAUCUUUGUGUUGAAAGAGAACAACGAAUUGGCAAAACACAUUGAAGAGUUUGGACAGGAGCUCAAAAUCUUGGAAAACUUGAGACAUCCGAAUAUCGUUCAUUAUUAUGGAGGAGUGACUCUAUUUGAGAAGUGGUCGAUUGUCCUUGAAUUGGCUCCGUUAGGAAGUCUCCGAACGUUCAUUGAAAAGAAGAAGAAAGAGUUGAACGAGAAGAUGAAACUAAAGAUCAUGUAUGAUGCGGCAAAAGGGAUUGAGUACUUACACAUGAAUAACACGUUGCAUAGAGACAUCAAACCAGACAACAUCUUGAUCUUUUCUGAGGAGGAGAAUGAAAUAGUCAAUGCUAAACUCACUGAUUUUGGGUCGGCAAGAGCUAUAUCACUCUAUAAAACAGCACUCACGCUGACUAAACAAAUCGGAACGUUGGCAUUUAUGGCGCCGGAAGUCUAUUUGGGUGAGAAGUAUGGAAUGGAGGCCGAUGUCUAUUCAUUUGGAAUGACUCUGUGUUACAUAAUCAAGUGGAACGACCCAUUUGAUGGGAUGAAUUUUGUGGGGAUCCCGAAAUUUGUCGCAGACGGCGGAAGACCUCAAUUAAGCGGGUGCAUUGACAUGGACGUGGUGUGCUUAAUUAAUAUGUGCUGGGAACAAGAACGAAAAAAUCGACCUCUGAUUUCAGAUGUCGUUAGUUCGUUACAAUCAAUUUUGUAUAACAAUCACUAA